CAUAGUAUAACCUGCCAUUCUGGCUUCAACUUCAAAACUUGUUCAGUGGAAAAAGAUUCAUUUCCAAGCCAAAGCAAAAAAUUCGGUGUGAUUGGAUAAGAUGAACGAAGAAAUACCUGUGGGACAGGUUAGCAUCCAGUGCGGUGGUCACAUUGACUCCGUGGUGCAGUUAUCCUACAGCAGGAACUGUGCAUCGGGUUAUCACUUGGCCUCGGCAGGACUCGAUGGCUUGGCAAUGCUGCGUCAUGGCGACACUGGGAUAUGGAUUGGCAGUUUCGAAGGACACGAGAAUGGUGUGACGGGAGUGUGCCUCAAUGAUGAUGCCACCAUUUUGGCCACUUCCAGUUCCGAUGAAACUGCACGAAUUUGGAAUGUGAUGACUGGGGUGCAAGUGAAGAUGUUUAGGCAUCCAGGCCAAGUGACUUGUGUUCGUCUGGACUCGGGAUCCACUCACAUGGUGAACGGUUCCCGGGGUCAAACUCAAUAUGUCACCGUUUAUGAUGUGGAGGCAUCGGAUCAUACACCUUUGGAGACAUUUCUGGGCCAUACGCGUGGUGUGAGGAAUGCAAUCUUUUGCCGGAACGACCGUGCCCUGUUCACCACAUCCUAUGAUCGCACGGUGAGAAUGUGGGAUCGUCAGACUGGUUUGGAGACGAAUUCGCUAGAGUUGCCGCAUCAUGCCAAGUCGCUGGAGCUUCAUCCAGAUGGCAAGACAAUUACCGUGGCAUAUGGCACUAGCUUGGUCUUUAUGGACAUUGAAAAAUUUGAGGUGUUGCAUCAUUGCAAGAUGGGUUACAAGGUGUCUGGAGCCACUCUGAAUCCCCAAAAGGACACCUUCAUUUGUGCCAGCAGGAAUGGUAAUAUCUACAAAUAUGAUUAUCCCACAGCCGGGCUGCAGGACAUCUAUAGCCUAAACGGUGUAUGCUAUGUGACCUAUAGUCCGGAUGGUAAGAUCUGCGCAAGUUCCUCGUCCACCGGACAGAUUACCCUUUGGCAGCAGGAUUCCCAAUGAGUUCUAUUAAUAUGUUUCUAAUUGUUAAAUUUUAUAUGUUUUUAAUUGUUCAUUUAUAGAUUAGAGUGUUUGCAAUUGCUUCUACAGAUAA